UCCCUUCCGCCUUCCUCUUCUCUUUCUCCUCCCCCGCGGCCGCGUCGCUGGGCUUGGCUUUACCACUGGCGGGUUCCCACCUGGGGCCAGACGCCGCCACCGCUGACCCCGUCUACACCGAAUCCCUCCCCGCGAUUUAACCCCUCGCCCCGCACCUCGCUCGCCGCCUUCGCUCUCUGCAACCGGCACACCAAACGCGCACGCGCUGUUCGUUUCUCGGCCGCUUUCUCUGUCUCUCCCCCCCUCUACCUCGCAGAUCUCCGCGGGCCGUGCGGUUUCUUGAUUCGGCCUUCCCCGGGCUGUCGGAUCUCCGCGGCGGCGGGGGAUGGGCAACUGCUGCGUGACGCCGGGGGGAGCCGCCGGCGACGGCGGCGGCAAGAAGCCCAAGGAGCCCAAGCAGAAGAAGGGCAAGAAGCCGAACCCCUUCUCGAUCGAGUACAACCGCUCCGCGCCGCCGGGCGCCGCGCCGCGGCUGCUGGUGCUGCGGGAGCCCACGGGGCGGGACAUCGCGGCGCGGUACGAGCUGGGCGGGGAACUCGGGCGCGGCGAGUUCGGGGUCACCUACCUCUGCACGGACCGCGACUCCGGGGAGGCGCUGGCCUGCAAGUCCAUCUCCAAGAAGAAGCUCCGCACCCCCGUCGACAUCGAGGACGUGCGUCGGGAGGUGGAGAUCAUGCGCCACCUCCCCAAGCACCCCAACGUCGUCACGCUCAGGGACACGUACGAGGACGACAAUGCCGUGCACCUCGUCAUGGAGCUCUGCGAGGGCGGGGAGCUCUUCGACCGGAUCGUGGCGCGGGGGCACUACACCGAGCGCGCCGCCGCCUUGGUCACGCGCACCAUCGUCGAGGUCGUGCAGAUGUGCCAUAAGCAUGGAGUGAUGCACAGGGAUCUCAAACCAGAGAAUUUCUUGUUUGCAAACAAGAAAGAAACAGCGGCCCUAAAAGCAAUUGAUUUUGGCCUGUCUGUAUUUUUCACUCCAGGCGAACGAUUCACUGAGAUUGUCGGAAGUCCUUACUACAUGGCUCCAGAGGUGCUAAAGAGAAACUACGGCCCAGAAGUUGAUGUUUGGAGUGCAGGAGUGAUUCUUUACAUUCUUCUUUGCGGCGUCCCUCCAUUCUGGGCAGAAACCGAACAGGGUGUUGCUCAAGCAAUUAUCCGUUCUGCCAUUGAUUUUAAAAGAGACCCAUGGCCAAGGGUCUCAGAUAACGCAAAAGAUCUUGUCAAGGGAAUGCUCAAUCCAGAUCCAAAACGACGAUUAACAGCUCAGCAAGUGCUUGAUCACCCAUGGUUACAGAACAUUAAGAAGGCUCCAAAUGUCAAUUUGGGUGAAACUGUUAAGGCCAGACUUCAACAGUUCUCGGUGAUGAACAAGUUCAAGAAGCAUGCACUUAGGGUCAUAGCUGAACAUCUUUCAGUAGAAGAGGCUGCUGACAUAAAGGACAUGUUUGAAAAGAUGGAUCUUAACAAGGAUCAAAUGCUUAAUUUUGAUGAACUGAAGCUUGGUCUGCAUAAGUUUGGUCACCAAAUGCCUGAUGCUGAUGUCCAAAUACUAAUGGAAGCUGCGGAUGCUGAUGGAAAUGGAUCCUUGGAUUAUGGAGAAUUUGUUACAUUAUCUGUCCACCUAAGAAAGAUUGGCAAUGAUGAGCAUCUGCAUAAGGCAUUUGCAUACUUUGACCGGAACCAGAGUGGGUAUAUUGAAAUCGAUGAACUCCGUGAGUCAUUAGCUGAUGACCUGGGACAAAAUCAUGAAGAAGUUAUCAAUGCCAUUAUCCGUGAUGUAGACACUGAUAAGGAUGGCAAGAUCAGCUACGAUGAGUUUGCGGCGAUGAUGAAGGCUGGAACGGACUGGAGGAAAGCCUCAAGACAGUACUCAAGAGAGCGGUUCACCAGCCUGAGCCUAAAGCUGCAAAAGGACGGAUCAUUGCAGAUGACAAGUACCCGGUAGCCGAUAACACCAAUAGGCAAGUUGUGAAUUCCAGAUGAAAACCCUGUGUAGAUUCUUCAGGUUGUUCGUUGACAACUAUUUUUUUCUUCUGUUUGUCCCGAUGUUCUAUUGAUCUCUAUUCUUCGCUCGUUGGCUGCUUGAAGUGGUAGGGGAUUGUUGACGCUUUGAUUGUAUUUAGACUGUAUGAUCCACGCCCACGGAUUUCGACGCCUUAGGCAAAGUGUACUGUACAAGAGAAAGAGGAAAAAAAAUUAGGAGGUUGUACGCAUCUGAUAACCUCUGUGGAUCCA